AUGAAAAACGAACCAAGUGGCAGUCAUCGUUACAACAGUAAUGACAAAAAUAAACAAAAUAGCAACAAUAAAAACAACAAUAAUGCUGAGAAGAGUUACUACGACUUUAGCAGAGCAGACAACAACAACAACGACGACGACGAUGUCAAUUCACCACCAUCGACCUCAAACAACUUCAACUUAACCCACAAACCUCCAUCGAAGCCUUCUUACAAAUCCAGGGUUUGCCACUUUUACAGUGACAACAAUGAUAAAAGUGGCGCGUGUAAAAUCGUUGUCAACACAAAAUCAUUCCCCAAUAUAGACUCAUUAAAAUCAGAGUUGACGAAAAAAAUUGAAGGAUUGCCGUUUGGAGUGAGGAAAAUCUUCACUCCCAGGUGCAGAAAUGAAGUGCAGUCGCUUGAAAAUUUGAAGAGUGAGGGUCACUACGUGUGCACGUCAUCAAACAAACCACCAACGUCAUCGUCGUCAAAUGUCCUCGUGAACAGGACGAUGGAAAGGAGAGUGUGGUACCCGAACAAGCGAAGGUUGAGUGGAAGCAAGGAGUUGAAAAAACUCGUGUCCAAUGACGAACUGCACAGGUUCAAUGAAAAAAGUAUUACCUACAACAGAUCAGGUGAGACAUCGACAAGAUCAAACCAGCAGUUGAUGCAACAACCACUGCAACAACAUGAUGACCACGGUAGAGUGACCAUCUGCUUGUUUGGCAGCGAGAACAAUAAAAAGUGUCAGGUAGUGCUGGACAAAAGGAAUUCAACUCUAAAUGACCUCUUGAGGAAUCUUUCCAUAAAGUUCAAACUUCCUAUUUAUAAAAUCAUCGAUUCCGACGGCACGAAGAUCCAAGUGAUUUCGGAAUUGUUUCAAAAAGACGGAAGAUUCGUAGCUGUCCCGAACGACAAAUUAUCGCGAUCUCUGUCCAACCUCUCGCAAGAUUCCAGCCGACAGACCAGAAGGAUCCCUUUCAACGAGCCACAAAACAAUAAAAUAUCUCAAUUCAAAAAAGCUUCCAAUCCCAUCGAAAAAGAAAAAGACUUGUACAGAAUAACCGUGAAAACGAACGAGUUAUCAUUGGCAGAUUACUUGAACAAACUGACCAUUACAAUCUACGGAGACCUGAAAACGUCGGUGAAGUUUGAUUUGAUGUCGUCUCUCGAGGAGAAGAAAUUCAAAAAAAAUUCACUCGACGUGUUUGAAUUCAGAGACCGACCGAUCGGUGAACCGUUCAAGAUUCGUCUUGAAAUCGACGAGAGUGUGGACGGGAUGAAGUUGGGAUGGUACUGCGAUGAAGUGACCGUUCGGCUGAACAAUUCGGAGCAGCUGCUGUACCACUUCCCUUGCAGACGCUGGCUCAGCAGACAAGAUGAUGACUGGCAGCUCUACAGGGAAGUUCCCGCUCUUCAUAAAAUGACCGGUGUAUUGCCGGUCGUCAUCUACCGUCUGUCCGUGUCGACUGGGGACGUAUGGAGGGGAGGAACGAACAGGGAUGUGCUGGUGAAGAUGAUUGGUGAGUGUGGUGACACUGGAUGGAGAGUUUUACGUCAUCCGUAUCUCGACAAACCAUUCGUCAUGGCCAUGACAACGGUGUUCAACGUUGAGGCAGUUAUGUUGGGCAACAUCCGCAACAUGUUGAUUAAACUUGGUAACAUCAGCCACAACAAAAACAACAACAUAGAUGAGAAAAUAAAUAAUGCUAACAACAAAAACGUGUAUAACAACAACAGCAACAACAAGAAGACGACAACUAACAAGCAAAAGAUAGCAACAUCAAAUGAUGAAUCUUGGUUUCUCGAUGAAAUCGUCAUUUCCUGCUCCAUCCCACACGUCGUGAAGUGGAUCUUUCGAUGUUACGAGUAG